AUGCAUCUUAAUUUCCCUUUUCAUGCAACACCGAUCAAGUCCAUCGAUGAGAUCUCAGAGAAGGAUCAAGCUUGUCUGAAUCUGCACCUAGGAUCGUUCGGUAUUCUGCGUGCUUCGCACCGUGAAAUCGAUCCACCAACUCAGUUCCCCUUCUAUCCCCACAAGACCGAAGAAAAGAUCCCACUUGGAACACUUGUGAAACUGGAUAUUGGCAUUUGGGCCAUGGGAGUAGACUUCGAUGAGGCUGAAACCAUAAGUAUCAAGAUAUAG